CGCGGCUCCGCCCCGCGUGCCGGUAACCAGGAAGCAGAAAGCAGCGGAGCUCGGCCGGCGGCAUGGCCGGGGGCGGCCCGGCGGUGAGGGGCUCGCGGUGAGGGGCCGGCAGCCGCCGUGGGACGGACGGCUGAUACCGAAGGGUCUUCCCGGAUUCUGGACGCGCUCGGGAAACCCUGGUUCAUGUAUGGAAUGCUAGAGCGGUGCAAAGAACUGGUGGAAGCAGGAUACGGUGUUCGACAAGCAGACAAAGAAAAUGUGACUCUUCUGCACUGGGCAGCAAUAAGCAACAGACAGGAGCUGGUUAAGUACUAUAUUUCCAAAGGUGCAGUAGUGGAUCAGCUAGGUGGAGACUUGAAUUCAACUCCCCUUCACUGGGCCAUCAGGCUGCCAGGUUGUGUUAUGCAUGCAUCUGUGCUUCAGGCAGACCUGCAUUUUGAACUUUUCCCAGGGCAGUGCUGGUCAGACUUGGCUUCUUGGGUCCUACCUAAUUCUCUGAUACAGACCUUCGGCUUAAAGGAAAAAUAAAAAAGUUUCUUCAUGAAAGUAUAAGAACCAGAGAUUAUUUUUCUAAACGAGUGUCUAAGAAUUGUGAAGGUGACGCUUUCAUUAAGAUUUCAAGCUUUCUGUUAUGGCUGUAGUCUCAUAUAUUGUUACAGACAAGGACACUUACCCAUGGUCACCUUAUUGUUAAAGUGUGGAGCAGAUCCCAGCCUUACUGAUGGGGCAGGAUUCAGCAGCAUUCAUUUGGCAGUGCUGUUUCAACACGUGCCCAU